GUUUACUCAGUAUGGUUUUGAAUCGACCGUGUGAGAGUCAGGGAAACAUGAAUAACUCGGGCUUUAAGGUAAUCCUCUGUUGCAUUUUGCUGCAAGGUGAAUCCUCCCACGGCAACCCUGCGCAGGAAGUUGGCAUCGCGGAGCAAUGCAAUGGAUAUUGUUUCUCAGUUGUCAAGCCAUUCCUCGAUCAUUGUGCCCAGCUGAAAGAGGCUGCAGAUACCAAUAAUAAAUUAAGGGAUAAAAUAUACACAUUGGAUGGCACCAUCAACAAUUUGCAGAGCCAGUUGCUAAACAGUGGAACUGAAACUAAAAACCUGGGCGAAAAAAUAAAGGAAAAAGACGAAAUAAUCAGGGAAAAAGUCGAACAAAUCAAGGAAAAAGUCGAACAGAUCAGGGACAAAGAUACACAAAUUACAGACCUCAGAGAGCAGGUUAAAAUGAUGUCUGGGGUGCUUGCUGAAAAAAAUGAUCAGCUAUCAAAAAUGAAUCAAACAGCAGAGUCUUCAUCUGGAUGGACGGUCAUUCAAAAGCGAUUCGAUGGAAGUGUGGAGUUUAAUCGAAACUGGGGGGACUACAGAGAUGGAUUUGGAGACCAGCGUGGAGAAUUUUUCAUUGGGCUGAAAAAAUUGCACUUGAUGACAGCAGCUGAGCCCCAGGAGUUGUACAUACAACUACGAGAUGUUAAUGGCACUUAUCGCCAUGCCAAAUACAACAACUUCAUAGUGGGAAGCGAAGAAGAGGGCUUUGUUCUUAAGUCACUGGGUGAAUAUUCGGGAAAUGCAGGGGACUCCCUGAGGGAACACGAGAGAGCUAAAUUCGCUACCGAGGACCGGGACUGCCCUAAUAAGUGCGUUCAUAGUUUCCACGGUCCGUGGUGGUUCAAUGGUUCAAAUUGCGGAAUAAGUUCGUUAAAUGGAAAAUACUUCAAAGAAGGCAUUGCGGAUGAAAGUAAUGGAAUUUCUUGGGGCCACUGGAAUGUUUUUGAUUACAAACUCUCAUUGACUUUUGUGAAAAUUACAAUAAGGCCAAGAAGCCCUCAGACUUAAGGAGUAAUUAUGGUUCGAAAAUACGCUUUAAAGAGCAACUUUGGUUUGAGAUAAAAGUAAAAUCUAGAAAAUGUGCAUUAAAAAACAAUUGAGAAAACUUAUCACGA